CCAAAAUAUCGCACCACAAAAAGCGCUACAUUUAUAUUACAAAUCCUCCACGUCACACCCCACUUUCAAACCAACUAAAUAAAAAUCCAACAACAGCGCUCCACGUCACCAAGUCGGUUCUCCAGGUAGAUAUAAACAUAGACUCAAUAACGGCGGAAGAGCCAUCGUCAUUGGCGGAGUCUAUGAUGGACGAUACGACCUCAACAGAACACAAGACUCACACUAAAAGGCGUUUUAAAUUCAACAAAAACAAAGCGAAAAGCGAGAACGAAGGAGGAGGUGAAGAAGGUGACGAUGAUACUCUUGGAGAACAAGCGGAGGUUGACGUGGAAGCCUGGGGUACGCUGAGCAAAAGUUUCAGGCGUGUACAGACCUUACUGGAUAAGAACCGCGAACUGAUUCAACAAGCCAACGAGAAUCACCAAUCGAAGAUUCCGGAUGAUAUCGCCAAGAACGUCGGCUUAAUUCGUGAGAUUAAUGGCAAUAUCUUGAAGGUCAUCUCGAUUUACUCGGACUUGUCUACCGAUUUCUCGAACAUCGUGAAUCAACGGAAGAGGAUGAAGAACAACGAAGGACACACGGAGAGCUUGGAGAGUUGAAGUAAAAUUUCGAUUACCUUUAUUGUGUUUGUCAAUAAAUAAAGUCUCUUUAUGUCGCUAUUGUGUUUGGCUGAGUCUAGGUGUUUGCUUGAAUGAGUCAGUGAGUUUUUGAUUUGUCUGUGUGGUGGUUGAAGUUUAGUGCUUUAAUUUAAGCGUCGGAAUAAUUUAGAACUAGUGUUUGUUGUUUCAACUGCUUACUUGUUACUGUGGUGAAUGGUGGGAUAUUUGAGAUGAUAAAUGUGGUGUUUGAACUUUGAUAACGUUUUCUUGUU